UAAUGAGCUUGAAAGGGGUUUGAAGGCCGAGGCUGAGGUCUGUACACCAAAAAAAAGAACCAAACAGGAAGAAAAAAAGUAUUCGGAAAUACAAAAAGUAUAGCCAUCUUGUUAUUUGGAAAGAUUGUUUUACUCAUGGCGUCUGUGGAAGGUUCAGUCAUCGAAACCAUCAUUCUAGUUCUCAUUUGCGCAACUUCUGUUCUGGGAAACAUAAGUUUAAUUUUUGUCAUCACGAGGAGAAAAUCCCUUCGCACUAUCUGUAAUGGCUUUCUUCUCAACCUUGUCUUCGCUGAUUUGCUCGUGUCAGUGUUAAACAUGCCGAUAACCGUGGUCACCAUUGUAGAACAACGGUGGAUAUUUGGAGAUAGAGCCUGCAACCUUCUGGGAUUCACUACAAUGCUGUCGUUUGUUUCGUCGGUCAUGUGGCUUGCCAUGAUAGCUAUCAACAGAUAUUAUUACGUGGUGCAGUGGAAAAAAUACCGGUCCAUCUUCACACUUAGAAGAGCGUUCCUGUUCGCGGGAAUUGUGUGGUUGGUAUCUUUGUUAUUAUCCAUCCCUCCGCUGUUUGGCUGGGCUGAAUAUCGUUAUAUACCUGGCAAAUCGUAUUGUUUUGUAUUCUGGCCCUCAGAUGUAUAUUACAUGUAUUUUAUGUUAACAAUAUGUUUUUUCGGACCUCUAACAUCUAUAUGCGUAUCGUACUUUAACAUUCUAAAAUUCACAAGAGAAUCUAAGCGGCGCGUUAAUCAGCACAUAAAUAACACGCACGAGGAAAUAUUAACAGAACAAGUAAACGAUGUUUCCGCUGUAGAUAGGAAAUGUAAGAGACGUUUUAGGAUGACGCGGGAAGAGGUUAAAAUUACCAACACUUUACUGAUUGUUGUUGUGUGUUUCAUGGCUUGUUGGGCACCAUUUGUCGUCACAAUGUUUUUGGAUGUUUAUUUUCCAAGACCACUGCCAAGAGUUAUUGACAUCGGUACGCUGUUGUUAGGUUACGCCAACAGCAUGUGUAACCCCAUUGUAUAUGGAAUAAGGAAUCAAAAUUUCAGAAAAGAAGUGGUUGGUUUCAUCAGGAGUUGCUAUUUUCCACGUUUUAAUACCACUCGGGUGUCCGUGAUCAACACAGUGCGUUCUGUUAGAACUGGACACUUAAACUCUGGUCAAGUGAGCUCCAGAGAUGAUCUAACUGUCGAGAUUAUAGAAGAAAGCACCAUAUAAUUAGACCGCUCAUCUGCCUUGACAUGUCAUGACAUAAAUUGAUUCCGGAUCUUUAGUUACCUGAGGACAUACAUCUUAGAUCACUGCAUAUAUUUAUCAUUCAGGUUUAUUGGAAAAAAGAAUUACUUUACUUUUAAGUAUCACUGGAUUUAGUACUGCUAAGCUAACUGGGGGCACUGUAAAUUAUUCAACUAAUAUCAGUAAGCACAGUCGAACCUUUCCAAUACGUACGUACAGCAAAUUAAAAAGCGCCAGAGUUAACCGAUCUGUAAUAAAGAGUUGUCCGUAUUUUGGAGAUGUCGGCCAGGAGAGGUUUGUCUGGAAAUUAAAAACUCUAUUCUUUAAAGUAGGGAAGUCCGAAAAUAGUAUGGAAAUGCUUAAAAAUCUCCAGUCUUUGGCGGGGAAAAACACUACGUCAUAACAAUCACGGCAAACAUUUUUGAUCUUUUUCACCUUGUGACAGCAGAAGUACAUAAUGUUGAAAGGAUAAAUUGAAUUGUUUAAAAAAAGAUAUCGAAAAAAUGUAAUCCAUUUUAAAUCAAAGGAGACCUAUGGCCAAACUCGUGGAUUAGGUAAUCUAGAGAUGAAACGUAUUGGUGAACUUGCAAGUACUGGUGUAUUAUUAAAACAAGCCGGGUUUGUACCAUGCAAGGUCGCUCUUAACCCCGGGGGGCUACUUUGGGAAUUUCUGGGUGGGGGUGCGCCGCUGGGACCCUGGAACCCUUA